AUGUCUGCCCCAGAGCUAUCGUGGCAAGUGUUUCGGGACAUCGGAGUGCACAAACUGCGCCUAGGUCAAGUGUGCGGUGCCAUCGACAGCUUCAACCAGGCAUCGCCCGGGUCCGGCGAGGCAGAACCGCUUCAGGUAUGGAAAGCAAAGGCCCUCCUGGCGAAUUGUGACCCGCAGCGGGCCCUGCAAGCGACCGGAAAGGCCCUCAAAUAUCCAGCAACUCUACUGCACUGCCGGGCACUGUACGGCGUGGGGGAGCUAGAACGACAUUUGCUCGCCUCGUGCAAUGGCAAGCGCCACCAGCAACCGGAAGCCGGCCACCGGCAGCGGGCCUUCGACGCGGAAGUAGAUCUUGCAAUGACAACCUUCGAGUAUACCCUCGGGCAGCGCGCCGGUAAGUCGCUGCUCGAGUACCGUCACCGCUUCCGGCAGAUUGCCAUCGAGCAGGAGCAACAGCGCCAGCAAGCGGACGGUAGACCUCGCUGGAAGAUACUGGCGGAGGCGGGUGAGUGCGACACGGAGAGUGUUCUGGCGAUGGGCCACAAGGAGGCACCUCUGUUGGAGCAGGCUCGUCGGAGCAGGAAUAUGAAAAUCCUGGGACAAGUGCACCUCGGUUGCGGCUGGGAGGAUUGGUUGUUCACCGAGCAACUGAGGUCCGGAGGUCGCUUCGGAUCGAUUGUGAACCUACUCCAGACGAAGGAGAGCUCGGCCAAAAUGUGCUCGCUGGUGGAAGAAUGCUACGAAAAGGUGACGACACGAGUGAAACAAGCGCAAGCCCGCUUUCCUUUGUACAGCCAGCGACACGGACGUUUCGGGCCGCGGUCGAAUCUUCGUCGGGAGCGUUUCGAAAUCGACCAGCUUCUCAGAUAUCGCUACCGUGCGUACCGGGCCGUCUACAAUCAGCUGGAUCGAUUGACGGCGCUUCGGAAGGAGGCUAAACUUGGCGAACUAUUGCGUUUCACCGGGGAGAUUUUGUACGGUUUCUACAAGACCACAACCGUGCGAGUGCUACCGGAGAAGGGUCAAAUGGUCCGCGAGGUCUGCAACCUGGUGGGGUUGGCCGUUCUGGACCAACUGCGCAUCCCACCGUCGCUGAUGGACGAACCGGCCGACCAGCGCCUACUGCUACUGUUCGCCAUUCCACCUCCGAACGAACCGGAAGUGGUCGUGCCAGUGUUUGGUGACAUUUCCACCUACCGCGAUCCCACCGAGCCGGACCAUGGAUAUCUGCGAUACAAGAACAAAAUAGCUGAGGUGGAGCGACGCUACCGGCAGGCCGAAUAUCCCAUCGAACGCUGCUUCCGUGACUACCAGAUGGCCCGGCUGCAUCUGGCGAACGGAUGGCUGGACGACGUGAAGGUGAUGGGCCAUCGGAUGAUCGACGAAGCCAUCGGUUGCGGAUGCCACUUGUGGCAGCUCAUCGGUCAGCUGACCAUCGCACGGGCCUUCUGUGCCCAGCAGAAUCUGGAACAGCUGGCCGUAUGGCUCCGGGCGGCCGCUGAACUCGUGGCCCGCCAACUGCCCGACGAGCGGCUCGCCUUUUUCAUCGAACUAUCGCAGAGGCUUAACCGGGAUUUGCUGAUGAAAAAGCAAGUCGUAGCCGGCGACCGGACCUACUCGGUGGAGCUGGAUCAUACGGUGUUGGCUUAG